GGGGACGGGGGAGUGCUGGGGACCGGCCCCGGUACUUACCUCGUCCCUGAAGACCCGGAUCCAGACGAUGAAGACGGCGGCGGCGGCGACAGAGACAUGACGAACAGAGUGCUGGUUAUCGGCAGUGGAGAGGUGGAGGAAGGCCUGUGCUGGGCCGUCGCGCAGUCUGCACAGGUGAAGCAGGUUGUCUUUGCCCCGGGGACUGAAGACAUGCCUGAGAUUGAAAAGAUAGAUAAAUCAGCAGUGUUAACCAGUAAUCCAGCAAUCUUAAAGCAGUUCUGCAAAGACCACAACAUCAGCCUGGUUAUUAUCAGUACUAUGUCUCUUCUCACUGCCGGACUGAUCGAUGAUCUGACCACGUCCGGGGUGAACUGUUUUGGUCCAACCAUGAAGGCAGCUCAACUUCAAGAUAACAAGAAGAUUGGCAAAGAUUUCAUGCAGAGGCUCGACAUCCCGACAGCAAGAUGGAAAUCUUUCUCCAACCCCCACAAAGCCUGCAGUUUCAUCACCUAUGCGGACUUCCCUGCUCUUGUGGUAAAGGCCAUGACCUCCUCUGCCGGAAGAAACUUCUACAUCACCAGAGAUAAAGAUGAAGCUUGUAGAGCUGUACAAAAACUGACACAAGACUGUAUCCUUGGAGCCUCGACACCCUUAGUAGUUGAAGAGCGUCUCGAAGGAAAGGAAUACAUUUGUCUAUGUCUGACCGAUGGGGUUUCACUUGCCCCGUUGCCCUUUGUGCACAUCUCAAAACAUUGUAUUCCAGAGUCUACAUCACCAAAUAUCAUCCAGCUGUCGGAAAAAAAUUCCAAAAAGAUUCAAGACAACAUUCUGCAGAAAAGUAUAGAUGCCAUGAGACAAGCGGGUUGGCAUUACAAAGGUCUCUUUGGAGCCAAAAUCAUGAUGACAGGAAAAGGUCCAAUUAUUCUCGGAUAUAUCUGCACAUUUGAAGACCUAAAGAGCCAGAUGAUCGUUCCUCUCCUGAAGCCUGAUCUUUAUGAAGUCAUCCAGUUGGUCAUGGAGGAAAGACUCUCUUCUCAUGUGGCGAUGUGGUCUCUAGAGAAAUACACCUCAAAUAGGGACCUGUGGAGUCCCAUUGCCAAACAACCAGAUCCAGAUGUGGGACAUGCCAAGAGAAAUGCCAAGCUGGCACUUGAUGAAGCGGCAUCUGGUGGAGUAACAGCCGCUGCUCCUGUUGUAGUCGCCAAGGGCGGCAAUAUUGUGGCAUUUCCAGGAAUGGCCUACAGGAAAGAUUAUCAGUCUGUAAACCGUAAAGGUAAAGCAAGACAUAAAUUAGUUUGCCCCGAUGAGACUCAUACAAUGAAGGACUCGACUUCAGAUGUGGCACAGCCUGGACCCACAGUGAUGGAAAAUGUUCAUCAAUUCCUUGGAAGGAAAGUUAGAUCCUUUGAAAUAAACUCAGCUCAGUUCAAGGAUCCAGUGUUCGUCUGCUCAUCUAGCAGCCUUGGAGACAAAGCAAAGGUUGCCCUGUCUUGCCAUUUGCACAGAUCAGCAGCCCAAAGUCUGGCAUCCACAUGUAUAAAUGACCUUUUGGCACAAGGAGCUCAGACUGUAUUUUUCAUGCCGCAAUGUUCUUGUGGACAACUAUCAGAAGAUGUGACUGAAGCUAUAAAGGAAGGACUGGCACUGGGGUGCAGUAUUACUGGGGCCACAUUACUAGACCAAGAAUGUACUCAGCCUCCCAGCCUAUACAAUAAAGGGAACUACAACCUGUCUGGAUUUGCACUGGGCGUAGUCGAGAGGGAUCGCAGGUUACCACGUCCUGAUCAGAUGAGAGCGGGUGACCUGGUCAUAGGAAUACGGUCACCAGGAUCCUACAGCAGCAACAACCUUUCUCUUCUAAAUGACCUCAUUGAAAAUCAUUCCUUGCAGUAUACAUCAGGAUUGCCGGUGGGGGAUGGAGUCACAAUUUGGGGUGAAUUGAUAAUAAACUCCAUGGUAUUCAGCCUCCCAGUUCUACAUGCUCUUCAAUCCGGUAACAUCAGCAGCUGUUUAGCCAUUUCUGAGGGUGGACUGGUGGGAAGUAUCCUCCACUACUUACCUGAGCACAUGGGGAUCAUCAUAGACGCUCUCUGUUGGAAGGUCCCAGCUAUUUUCUCCUGGUUGUACAAUGAAGGAGAACUUUCUGAGCAAGAACUGGUCUAUAACUUCAGCCUUGGUGUAGGAGCUGUGCUGAUAGCUCGGAAGAACGCGGCCCAGAAGAUCCUGGCUGAGAUCCAGCAUGUGGAGGAGGCUUGGAUGAUUGGUUCAAUAUUUCAGCAUCAUACAGAUUCUCCACGUGUCCAAGUGAGACAUUUAUUGGAAGCUCUAAAACUGAACAAUAUCCAGCUAAUGAAAACCGUAAUCCUGUACAGAGCACCUGCAAAGGUCUCAAAAGUGGCCGUGUUAAUAUCCACUGCAGGCCCUAAACUGAAGCUCAUGAUGGACACUAUUAUACAGCUGGGCAGCUGCGCAAGGUUGUCCCUAAUAAUCUCCAAUAUGAGCGCCGGGGAAGAACUCAAGAAGGUCGCUGGAGCUGGGAUCCCCACACGGGUUAUCGAUCAUAAAAUGUUUGGGUGUCACUCAGAAUUUGAGCGCACGAUGUGCAGAGUGCUAGAUGAAUUCUCCAUUGAUCUCAUCUGUCUUGCUGGGUUCGGACGAAUAUUCACAGGACAAUUUCCAAUAAAAUGGAAAGGGAAGAUUCUGAAGCUGUAUCCAUUACUUUUCCCAUCGAUGAAGAGGGACAAAUUGCCAGAAGCAAAAGUCCGCGGCUACACGGUGUGCUUCAUGCUUGAUGGCGGCUCCCCCGGACCGAUCAUCCUGCAGGAGACUGUGGUAGAAGAACCGGAAAUCCCCACGUGUGACCAAAUGGAAGAAGCCGAGCAGAGGGCAGUGGCCAAGGCUCUACACCUGGUGGCCACUGGAAGCGUCGCCUUAGGAUCAGACGGCUGCAUCUCAUGGAAAUCCGGGGACUGUACAUAGAUACGGUUUAUUGUCUUACAGAGAUUUAUCAAAAUGGCUGCGAGAAAAAAAAAAAAAUGGAGCCGUUACCCAUAGCAACAGAUUGAUUUGGCCUUGAAGAUCUGAGCAAAGACACUGGUAGCUAUGGAUACUGUAUAAAGGAGGUAUGAGCUGUAAAGCUGUAUAUGAUAUCCAUAGCAACCAAUAAGUGUGCUUUCCAAACAGUGUGCCUCCAGCUGUUGCAAAAAUACAACUCCCAGCAUGCCCGGACAGCCAAAGGCUGUCCGGGCAUCCUGGGAGAUGUAGUUUUGCAACAGCUGGAGACACACUGUUUGGAAAACACAAUGCAGGAUUGGCGGUGAGGCCAUGCACUAUAAAAGCUAGUUCACGUCUGCUUUGGAGCUCCCUUUUUAUAGGUUUCGCUAAUGUUACUACUCCAUCAAAACAGUGGACACCAGACGAAAAACCAACAGACCCCCAUUAGAAGUCAACGGGACCUGAAAAAUGUCCCUGUAGCUCAGCUGUUUGUCUCCUUAAAAGGAGCGCCGACGCAAGUGUGAACUGAGCCCUAAUCAGAUUAUUCCUUAGAUUUACAGCAGAAGCAGCAACAUGAUCUCAAGCCUGUACAUGAGGCAGUACAGCAGGAUAAGAGAUUGUGACAAGUUAACAUUACAUAACUAUCUGGGCUUUGUCAUAGGAUUGCAGAAAAUCUCAUUUAUCUUAAAGCACUACUGUGAUCGCACCCUGGCGGAAGGAUAUCUGUUUACAUUUUCCAGUAAUUUUACAGCCUGAGACUGCAGUAAAUCAGGAUACGGGUGUCCCAUGCAAGUCUAUACGGGUCUGAAGACAUUCCAAAUGCAUUGUGGGUAUGACCUGUUCAUACACAGGAUAAUGGGGGAGAUUUAUCAAAACCUGUCCAGAGGAAAUGUUGCCCAGUUGCCCAUAGCAACCAAUCAGAUUACUUUCAUUUUUAACAAGGCCUCUGCAAAAUGAAAGAAGCGAUCUGAUUGGUUGCAAUGGGCAACUUUUCCUUUGUACAGAUUUUGAUAAAUCUCCCCCAAUGUCCUUGUUUAUAGAUAUAUGCGGAUUAUAAUAUAUAUAUAUGUAUAUUUAUAUAUUUAUUUAUAUUAUGGAUAUAUGCUGAUAUUAUAGUUAAUAAAAAAAAAAUUUGGUUACAAUAAAUAAAACUUUAUUAGUUCCAAAAUAUUGAUUAUUCUUCACACAUUUGGCAUUGGCAUGAUCACAACCGUUCUCGCAGCCUUUAGAAGUGUCUUUAUUACAAGCAAUUGUAUUGUAUAUUUUUGGUGUAUUGUUUUUUUUCCUGUAUUUGUCAAAAAAUUGAAAUAAAACACUAAAGUAAAUGUACUAAACAAACGAGACCUAUAUCUAGAGGAAAAAAAUAUAAACUGCUUCAGUAACUAAAAAUGUACUGGGAAAAAAAAAAAAAAAAAAGUCAAAAUAGAAAAAGACAAAAUAAAGAACAAAAGCUUACGACGCCUGGAAUGCAGUGGAGAAAAUAAACGGUUACGCAUAGACAUAAAAGGGUUUUACCACAAUGACAAGUUAUCUAUCCACAGGAUAGGUGCUAAGUGUCCGAUCAGUGGGGGUCUGACUUUUGGGACCGCCCUAGUAAGGAACAAGGGGUCCAAAGUACCCAUGUUUAAAGGGGUCAAUCCAGAAAUACAAAAAAAAACAAAAAAUACAUGCUAAUUUCUUCCAAAAACAACGCCACCCCUGUCCUCAGGUUGUGUGUGGUAUUACAACUUGGUUCCAUUCACUUCAUUGGAACUGAGCUGCAAUACCACACACAACAUGAGGAAAGGGGUGGUGCUGUUUUCUGGCAAAAAAAUAAAAAUAAAAUAAUCAGCUCUGUAUUUUUAAACCUGGAUAAAUGGAGCGGUGACGUGCAACGCUGCUCCAUUCAAAGUCUAUAGAACUGCAGACGGGAUCACCAUCAGAAAUUUUGGGGCCCAAUACUGCCAAACUGUCUCAGGCUCCAGACAGUACAGGGGAGGGGGAAGAUCCAGCAGUAAGAGGCCCCUUUUAGGUUUAAUUUUGCCCAGGCCUAGAGAAGUGGUCUCAAACUGUGGCCCUCCAGAUG